GUGCCGAGUGGUGGCGCAUCACAUCUGAUAGCGCCCUCUGUCUGGCAAAUGCAUUACAUCAGGGUCUUCCCCUGUGGGGAAAUUUUUUUGGAGUAGAUUUUUGGCUUAUAUUUAGUAAAACAGUUGUUUUCCGUAUUCAGAUGAGGAAAAUUAAACUACGUACAUGCGGCCUCCUUAAUUAGAGAUGUUCUCUGCAAGCAACAUGGCAGGUCGCAACAGUGGCAGCAGUGCCAGCAGAAAUGUAACAAAUACUGGCAGAAACACUGCAGCAACAAGCACAGCAGCAACAGGCAGAGUUACCAGAAGUAAAGCAGCAGCACCUUCAGCUGCUGCGCAUUAUGGUCGGAGUGACCAGGGAGGUGGAUAUACGAUGACUGGGGAGGCUUUAGCAGCCACUGGUAAAGGGUCUUCAGCUACUGGGCCAGGCAGUGGCAGAGAUGCUAGAGCCACUGGCUCAACAGCCCUGGCCACCCAAGGAGGCACAAGGAAUGUUACCUCAACACUAACAAACAUGCCGUCUCGUUUGUAUACAACUACUGCCACCAUCUCUGAACCCUCUACACCGGCUGAACCAACAUGCUUCAUUCUUCUUGUGGACAAAGAAGUACAAAUCUCGGGGAGCGACUCCCUUCUAUAUCAGCGUCAUGCACCUUCUUCCAAGAGAAUUCUCAAAGGCUCCUUGCUUCAAGGUCAUGAGGUGCCGCCAGCUGGAGGCCAGAGUUAUGGAGACGUAGUCAAAGGCAGUAAGAGGGCAGAUGCGAAACGAUAUGUAGUCAAACCGCUCAGUGGGGACAUGCAGUUUCAAUGCAGCAGCUCAGAAAUCGCCCGAAUCACAGGUGCAGAGAGGGAGCUUCUGCGAGCCCUUUCCACAGACUCACAACGCUUGAAUAUUUACCAGGAUAGAGACCUCAUACAGUAUGCACUCGGCCUGAAGGAAGGGUCGCCGGUGAUUGUGAGACAUAGAAACGACAGCACCUCACCCUAUGAGGAAGUUGCUGCCAUCGUUCGGUACAUCGGACCGUUGUCUGAAACUGAGAUGGGAACACAAUUUGGUUUGGAACUGAUAGAUAAUGCUUACAGAGGCCAAGGAACGUCAGAUGGGGUCUUUGGAAAGUACCGUUACUUCCAGACAGAUCCUGAUUGUGCCCUCUUUGUACCAAUCAGCAAACUGGUCCCACGGCCCACAUCGCAGGAAACCACCUAUUUGUACGAGAACGUCUCACUACAAAAACAGGAGCUGCCCAAUCAGCCAUCAGAACUGACGAGUGUCGGUGAUAUUAAAAAGGGGACAACUGUAUACUUGCAAGUCGGUAACGGCACACGAAGGGGAAGAGUGGUGUACAUGACUGUCCCGCAUAAGGAGACCGAGCCUUAUGCUGUCGUGGAAAUGCCCAAACAAGAUGGCCCAAUGUGGAAUGGAAUGCAUAAGGGGUAUUAUGUGUACACUCCUAGAAAUGAUGUCUUCACAACGUUUGUACCGGUCAACAAUUUGACAACACGUGCCCCUGAAGAAUACCAGGAUUUAUACACAAAGGAGCCAUCCCCAAAUCUGCCAUCGAAGGCGAAAAACAAGGGAAAGAAAUCCUCAGAGCCAUACUGGGCAGCCAACAACAAGCAACACAAGACACCUUCUCCGUACGGUAGCAGCGAGAAGCUUGAUAAGGGAAGCCACAAGCCAUCUGGUGGCAGACGUGAUGUGAGCGAUAACUAUAACCCAGAAUCGUUCUUUGAAGCCAACAACAAGCCCCGCAAGACACGCUCUCCGUAUGCCAGUAGCGAGAAGCUUGAUAAAGGAAGCCACAAGCCAUCUGGUGGCAAACGUGAUGUGAGCGAUAACUAUAACCCAGCAUCCCACGCACACAAGACAUUUAGUCGUCAGGAUACAUCAGAAGACCUCCAAUUUGCCUCGGGCCACUACAGCGAGGGAAGUAAAUCCAAACACGACAGCUUGGUUGGCAUCAUGAAGGGGAAAUAUGACAAGUUCAAAAACAAAUUGAACAAUGGGAGCAAAGAUGAGGAAACUUCCAGAUCCUCCUGGUUCACGGACACAAAAGCAGAUUUUCUUGAGGAGGACCUGGUUAAAGAAGUCGUUAACAAAAUUUACAAGGACUGGAGGACAGUUGGCUAUUGUCUGUAUCUGACCAAAGAAGAAAUAAGCAGAAUUGAGGCAAAGUGUCCAAUGGAGAAAGACCGCACAGCAGAAAUGCUGAGAGCCUGGCAGAGGAAAGGAACUGGAUAUGAUAAUAUUACCCGACUGGCUGAGGCUUGUCGGAGAUGUAACUUAAGUGAACUUGCCAAUGAGUUGGAACAAGGCUUGGAUGAGACAUUACUGUUUAAGAUAGCCAGUGGCAUACCCCAAGGGAAAGCCCGACCUUUUGGCACGUUCCUGAAUUUCUCUGAAGAAGAAAUGGAUCUGUUUGAGGCUGAGACACCACACACGCUGCCCCGUGUGCGCUUCAUGCUGGCCAAAUGGCGGACCAGGCAGUCUCAUAACUCAGACAAGAUCAUGCUGCUGAGUAACGCACUGCAGACCUGUGGGCUCAGGCAGUUGGCGCUGGAGGUUGCUAGAGGCCUGGAUGACGACAUCAUGCUCUCGUUUGCCGUCCAAAUCGGCCACAACUGGAAGAUUCUUGCCACAAUGCUGCGUCUAGACGUCGAAGACAUCCAGCAGUUGGAGGAUUUCUCUGCGGACAAGCAGCCCUAUCAGAUGCUGAUGUUGUGGCGGAGGAGACAGAAUCGCAGGGUGGAUGUGCUGGGUGCUCUGGCCAAGGGACUACGGGAGAGUGGGCUCCCUGAUCUAGCAUACGGCCUGGUGCAAGGUGUCACUGAUGAAAUGCUCUACAAGCUAGCCAUAAUGAUAGGAGACAAGUGGGAGGCCAUUGCUCUGCAUCUGGGAUUCACUGAGGAGGAACUCAAGGAACUCAAGAGUGAAACAAAUUCUGAAACUGUCAUCAUCACCAACAUGUUAACAAAGUGGAGGGAGCGCCAUGACUACACCAAGGAACGGUUUGGCUUCCUCAUGGAGGCACUGAGGGCCUGCGGCCUGGGCAACCUCGCCGAGUCAAUGGAAGAAGAUAGACGUGGAGUGGAGCAGUCUAACAAGGUUGCGCCUAAUGUGAAGAUGGAAGAGUACCCUGAAAAUGCCAAAGACAAAGAUUGUUUGGCAGGAACCGUCGACCGAGAAAUCCUGGUGAAAGUCUCCCAGCAUGUUAAGUUCAGUGAGUUGUGUAGGGUCUUUGCCUUACCCACGGCAGAUGUGAUUGAAAUUGAAAACUCCUACUAUCGAAAUGAGCAGAGAGUUUUCCAAGUGCUGGACUGUUGGAAACGCCGCGGGGAGGGAGGAAAUCGAAGCAUCAGUGAACUGUAUCAAGUCCUAGCUCACCUGGAAUGCAAACCAGCUGUCAUUGAUGAAAUCAUGAGGAAAGAUGCUGCCGAUGACAAGGAGGAAGUCAAUCCAAUGAAGCAACUCCCAGCAGAGUACACCAAUUUCAACUUCCCAUCCCUGCCUGAUGAGCCCCAGGAUGAACCCUGUUACCCUGACCUCGAGGUCAACUCUAUGGUUGAGGUCAAGCCCUCGGACAAGACCCUGUUUGGGGUCAUACGCUGGAUAGGUGUGCCAGCAGUAAGCAAGAGUAACAAGCCUGUUGCCGGCAUUGAACUGGAGUCUUCAAUUGACCACGGAGCGACAGACGGCACUUUCAACAAGCAGCGCUGCUUCCAGUGUGAGCCUAACAAGGCCAUUUUUGUCUACUUAUCCAAAUGCCGACCCGAUUCCCGCUUCCCAUCUCAGGCGCAAACUUUCAGCUCGACGAAGCGUCAGACUAGCGAAGAUUUUGGGGGUUUUGCGUCACCAUUAGUUGAAGGUUUCAUCGACCCCCCACCCUGCCUCAGAACGGAGUUCGUGGGCAUGCAGAAGGGCAUCCAGGGGGAUCAGAACUCUUGCUACCUGGACAGCACACUCUUCAGUAUGUUUGCCUACAACGGCGUCUUCGAUCCGCUCUUGCGACGCACGCAGGGUCAGGGCGAUCUGCAGGAGUAUGAGAAAGUCCAGAAGACUCUCAGAGAGAGCAUUGUCAACCCCUUGAGAAAGAAUGGUUUUGUUCGAGCUGAUCGUAUUCUUCAGCUGAGGGAGCACCUGGAUCAGUUAGGCACAACCAAGGGUCUCAUGAGUGAAGAGAAAGAUCCGGAAGAGUUCCUACAUACCUUGCUGUCAGAGGUCUUCAAGUCUCGACCACUCCUGAAAAUCAGGCACGGUGGUAACCAAGCAGUGGAUGAGUCCAACAUUCAUCAGAUAUUCCUAGACAAAGACGAGUCGUUCACACUCCCGACGGUAGAGCAGCUAUUACUGCAGUCAUUUCAGGAACAUGACCUCAAACUAGUAGAGGCACCGUCAUGCUUGAUUGUGCAGAUGCCAAGAUUUGGCAAAGACUACAAAAUGUACAAUCGCAUUUUGCCAUCGCUUCAGCUUGACGUCACAAAUAUCAUUGAAGAAUAUCCUAGGACAUGUACAGUGUGUGGCAACCUGGCUGUCUUUGAAUGUAGUGAGUGCAAGUCAGAGGAAGCUUUAGAAGAUGAUACCAUACCAAUCAAGAACUUCUGUGAUGACUGUUUCAAUGUGAUGCAUGUAGGUACCCGACGGGAACACCACAAGCCCACCCUUCUGACCGUCCCAGACUAUUUCCUGAAGGAUUUCUUCUCCAAGACAAUGGAGAAAGGUUUCCCGGAACAUGAAGUGGACGAGCACCGUCAGAGAUUACUGACCCCCAAGCUGAUGGACCUGUUUGCCGUCAUCUGCAUCCGGACCAGUCACUACGUAGCGUUUGUCAAAGCCGGAAGGGAGAAGGAUUCGGAAUGGGUGUUCUUUGACAGUAUGGCCGAUCGGCAGGGUGACCUUCAGGGCUACAACAUCCCUCAGAUCACACACCUCAAGGAUUUCCGGAAAUGGGUGGACGCGGAUCACAUCAAGGCCCGCAUCGAGGCCAAGCAACUGACUGAGAUUAUGGAGAGGUUACUGGGAGACGCAUACAUCUGCAUGUACUCCGAUAGCGAGCAAUGCAACCAGACUUAUGUAUAAACUGCCCCGUUGAUUGGUCAAUGAAUUAAUAAAGACUGAAGUUGCUGCUACGUACUUCGGCCAAUCAGCUGAGAUGUUACUGAAGUGUCUAAGGCCGGGAAGCAUUGCAAAUAUUUUGCUUGAUGCUAGGGCUCAGGUUGUAGGAAUUUGGUUUGGAGUUUGGCGGAUGGUUUGCGUAAAGUGCAAGUUAUAUGAAGCUGUAAUUCUCUACUUGCAAAUGGGUGUCCAUGUUUCUUCUGAAAGUACACACAAACGUACCCCAGCAUGGGUGCACCCCAGAUAUGGUGCCCAGGUGUCGGUCAAUGACAGUAAACUGGCCCGAUGUAAAUCAAGAUUCCUAGGUAUUCAAGAAAUCAUUCAAUUUGGAAACUUCUGCAUUGUUCUGAUUGUUACUCUCGUGAUAAAAUAGAUAUGUUAGUUAUCCUUCUUGCAUCUUCUUGCAAGUUUCAAGUGCCACAAAGAUCCAGCAUACAAGCCGUGAUCACCAAUGAGUUGUUACCACUACACAUGCUUGAUCGAUGCCGGAAAACGGCGCAUCUUGGAAUUGCUAGCAAUAUAUGCAUCAUGCAUAUGUAUUGUGCAAUCCAUAAUUUUGACACCCCCUUGUUGCCAUGGAUCAACCAAUCAGGCUCGAGGAUUCAAGUUUGCUUGGAGAUAAAAAUUUUGCUAUAUGCACAGUGUACAUACACACAUUUGCAUGCUAUCUCUGAAUACCACAAUAUUACCCAUGUUCAGCAGGCCACGCAAAAAACCAAAAAGUUACAAUAGUUAAAAAAAGUACAUUUAUAGAGUUGCUCUCCCAUUAAUCAGAAACACUUUUAUUUGACCGAAAUUAAAAAUUAAGACAUCAGAAUUUAAUUUAUGAUCGCAGCAGUCCAUUUGUUUACAUGAUAGUUUAUGAUGAAGCACGAACUGAAAUACAUGUAAAUAGAAUCGUGAAGUUCACAAAAGAUAUAACACGUACUCAGUAUAUCGUUUUACUUGCAGUUACACAGAUUUACUUGAGAAAAAAAAUCAAGAAGUGCCAACUUGGGUCUGGAUACCUCGGUUGGUACCAGUAAAGGUAUCCCACAAAUGACAGUUUCUCGGAGAUCCAUAAUUUGUCAAGAUUUCUUUGUUCGUAUGUGUUGGUUGUGUAAUUUUUGUAAUUUUGAGAAAUUGAUGUAUUUGGUUUAUAGGUGAUACCUCAGAAAUGUCCUAAAAAUGCUUUUAUGUUGGGGGUGGGGGGGGGGGGGGGAUAUUCCCCGCCCCCAUGUGUAGCUUUUGAGCCAUUUUUCUGUUUGUAAACUAUAGUAUUCAAAACGGAUCUUUGAGAAAUAAGGCAAUCUUUAUUAAUGUAAUGACCAUUGGCCACAGAUUUUUUGCCUACACACAUGUUAUUUACCAGGUUGUGAUUGGUUAGUCAAGCUGAGUUCAAAGGUCAAAUAGGUUCUGAUUUUUCUGCAGUUAAUCAGUUUUGUAUAUUUUUAUCAGAUACUGAGAAUAGGAAAAACCUUUCCCCUUUUGAUAUUUUCUUGGCUAUCAUCAUAAUUUACAUAUAAGGGGAAGUUGAUGGAAAAUCUAAUUAUGAUAAUUCUCAAAAUAUGUACAAGUUACAAUUUAUUUUACCAAUGUCUAGUUAAAUUUUCAAUUUUUUGGGUGGUGUUUGGCCAAGUUAUUUUACAGUUUGGGUAAUUGUAUUGUCCUGUCCUAUUGUCAUUUAUCCUAAUUAUGUAGCUGUUUCAUUGUUUGUCUGGCCGAAUAGAAAGCAUCAGAAGUUCUGCUUAACCUAUUCCCCUCAGUCUGCUUACCAUAUUCCCUUCAGUCUGCUUACCAUAUUCCCUUCAGUCUGUUUACCAUAUUCCCUUCAGUCUGCUUACCAUAUUCCCUUCAGUCUGCUUACCAUAUUCCCUUUAGUCUGCUUAACAUGUUCCCUUCAGUCUGCUUACCAUAUUCUAUAAACAUAUUCUCUUCAGUUUGCGUAACAUAUUCCCUUCAAUCACAUUUUGAAUACUCCAGAUAAUGUCCUGUUCAACUUAAUGUUAAAUGUACGGCAACGCUAGUAUAUAAAGCUUAGCAACAACAAAAUUGCUCAUUUUGCAAUGAAACGAAAAAAAAAAAUUCAAGCUACGUUUAGAAAGCCAGAGUUGAUGACAAACAUGAUGUAUGAAAAGGCCAACUGUAGUAUUGUAUAGAAAUUGUGUACAAAAACAAAUCUCUUUGUUUAUUAAAGGUAAUUUGGCAUAAAUUGUCUCAGAUGGAAAUCAUCACCCAGUCGACAAGAUGUAUGAAUUGUUUUGUAAAUAUUUAAAUUUAGCCCAUGUGAUUGUAUUAAUAAUGUACUGAUACAUGAAUGGAUGUGUAUGCUACAUGUACAUGAAUGAAAGGUCCUAUAUUUUGUGAAAAUGAUUUUUGUUAAAAAAUAUCAUUUUAAUAGUUUUUAGUUUUUCAGAUUAAAUUGAAAUACCCCAAAAAUAAGUCCUUUUUUUUUUGCAUUUUUUUCAUUUCAAGAUAUUCAAUAAAUGCUUGUAAAUAUCCAUGUAUAUGCACCACGUGUGAAAAAAGUAAAAUUAUAAUGGAGUUUCAAUUAA